CAACUCUACCACUCUACCACUAAAUUAUUGACUGUGACAAUUAGCGACCGAGGUGCCAGCACAUCAGCCGGGCCGGCCACGGACUAGCUAGAGCCUGAUGCAGCCUCAGGCAGGCUGGCAGCUGGCUGGAGCCCACCUAAUUACCUCAAUGCUGUGUAAUGGCGCUGUGACUGCGUGGAAUUAUCACUGGGCAGCGGGAUCCAUCCAUCCAUCCAUGACUUGUGGGCCGGACCGGUCGCGCUGAAAAAAAAAAGGAAGCGCCCAUGAAGGGAGAUAGAUGACUACCUUACUCUUAUCGCUCGCUCUGGUGGGAUAAUCCUCCAAUUCUCGUGCUUCUAAUCAUCCUCAUACCUUAAUGUUCUAAUUCCUCUCGUUCUCGACUCCGUUUGACGGUGCGUCAACUUCGCCUUCUCUACAGCUGCCGCUCCAAUCGAGCUCUGGCGCAAAAUGACCUCCUCAGCCCGCGCUGUGGCCAAGAUGCCCUUGAUGGCAGGACGCUUUACUCCUGCCAUGCCCAUCGCUACUCCCACAUCCAGGAUGCUCUCGACAAUCUCGAGGGCGACGCGCUCACCAGCUGCGCGCCCCGUGGCCAAGUCCGCUGCCACGCUCAAGCUGGCGCAGACCGGCCGCAUCGCCUUUCGAAGGGCCUACGCUGACGAAGCACCCAAGCCAAAGCCUGGCAAGCUGAGGAGGACGUUCAGGUGGGCUUGGCGCUUCACCUACCUCUCUGUCCUCGGUGUCCUAGGCUACACAGGCUACAUCAUCUACCUCGAUCGCAACCCUGCCGAGCAGCUCGAACGCGACCCGAACAAGAAGACAUUGGUCGUCCUGGGUACUGGAUGGGGCUCCGUCGCUCUGCUGAAGAAGCUCGAUACCGAGAACUACAAUGUCGUCGUCGUCUCCCCCCGAAACUACUUCCUGUUCACACCACUCCUGCCCUCGUGCACGACGGGAACCAUUGAGCACCGCUCCAUCAUGGAGCCUGUUCGCGCCAUCCUCCGUCACAAGCGCGGUGCUGUCCAGUUCUACGAAGCCGAGGCCUCGAGCAUCGACCACGAGCGCAAGGUCGUCAAGAUCACCGACAACUCCGAAAUCAAGGGCGCCGUGGUUGAGAAUGAGAUUCCCUACGACAUGCUCGUCGUCGGUGUCGGCGCUGAGAACGCCACCUUUGGCAUCCCUGGCGUGAGGGAGAACUCGUGCUUCCUCAAGGAGAUUGGCGAUGCGCAGCGCAUCCGCAAGAAGAUCAUGGACUGCGUGGAGACGGCGGCUUUUAAGGAUCAGAAGGAUGACGAGAUUAACCGUCUCAUGCACAUGGUGGUUGUCGGCGGUGGUCCUACCGGUGUCGAGUUUGCCGGUGAGCUCCAGGACUUUUUCGAGGAGGACAUCAAGAAACUCGUGCCCGAAAUCAGCCCGCGCUUCAAGGUCACCCUGAUCGAGGCGCUGCCUAACGUCCUGCCCUCCUUCUCCAAGCAGCUCAUCGACUACACCGAGAACACCCUGCGCGAGGAGAAGAUUGACAUCAAGACCAAGACCAUGGUCAAGAAGGUCACCAGCGAGACUGUCGAGGCCGAGGUUGUGAAGCCUGACGGCACCAAGGAGCGCGUUGUUAUCCCGUACGGCCUGCUCGUCUGGGCCACGGGUAACGCCGUCCGCCCCAUUGUCAAGGAUCUCAUGAGUCGCAUCCCGGCCCAGAAGGACUCACGCCGUGGCCUCGCUGUGAACGAGUACCUCGUCGUGCAAGGCACCCGCGACAUCUGGGCCAUUGGUGACUGCGCCGUGGCCGGCUAUGCCCCUACUGCGCAGGUCGCCGCGCAGGAGGGCAACUUCCUCGGCAGCCUGUUCAACAACAUGGCCAAGACGGAGAGCCACGAGAACCGCAUCCACGAGCUCAGCAGCCAGAUGAACCUCCAGGCCGGGGGCACCCCGCCCGCCGAGGCCGCCCAGGAGAUCGAGGCGCUCGAGCGCCGCCUCAAGAAGAUCCGCGACAUCAAGCCUUUCCGCUACACCCACCAGGGCAGCAUGGCCUACAUUGGCAGCGAGAAGGCUGUCGCUGAUGUGAGCUGGUGGAACGGCAACUUUGCCUCCGGUGGCAGCAUGACCUACCUCUUCUGGCGCAGUGCGUACCUGUCCAUGUGCUUCAGCACUCGCAACCGUGUGCUCGUCGUGCUGGACUGGCUCAAGUCCAAGGCGUUUGGCCGCGACAUUUCUCGCGAAUAGAGUUCAUGCCUUUGUACAAGUAAAGGCAGUGUGGAUGACACGUUGGUGUUCGUCCUAACAUAUGAUAGAUUGAGGGUUUUUGGGAACGGCAAUAGACGCGUGGCAUGGUUUCUGGAUACUGGCUCUGCCCGAUGAAUCGGGAUCUUUUGUAAUGAAUAUCGCAGCCGGUGUGUUUUGUACACUGCAAUAAGAAAUACGGCAUCCUGAUUUGCUUUGUGGUUUUUUCUCCUACUUCGUUGUUCGCUGUGUCGUCUUCAUCCUUGUAUUGCGAGCUUUUGAUGAGGAAGUGUGUGUUGCGAUGAAUACCAUGUCACAUUAUGCUCCGUCUACUUCAAACUUACACUCUUCCUAUAGCCUGUAAAAACUUGAG